CUGGGAAAGUCUGCUGUCAGGGACCUCUCCAAAGUACUGAAGAGCAACGUAACAUUUUUAUUUAAGGACGUGGCCGUGGACUUUACCUGGGAGGAGUGGCAGCUCCUGGAUCUUGCUCAGAAGAACAUGUACUGGGAAGUGAUGUUGGAAAAUUACAACAACUUGCUCUCAGUAGGUUUCCAACUGUGA